CAGUCUUUGUUUAGCAAUGAUACAGACAUUAUUUUGUGUUAUACUUGCAUAUGGAUGUGUAUCAGCAGGUACCGGUGAUUGGGAGAACACAUACUAUGAAACAGAUGCGUGGAAGUUCUCCCCAUUUUUCACUAAUGCAUUUCCCGUAUGUCAACGAAAGCGGCAGAGUCCUAUCGACAUCAAUUCUUGUGAUGUUAUUGAUGCCAACUUACCGCCACUACAAUGGAAUGGUUUCAACAGAAAAUUGACAGGCACGCUUACCAACAACGGUCAUACUGCCAAGUUAACAACGGAUCCGAAAAGCAAGCCCAUCAUACUAUCCGGUGGUCCUUUAUAUUCGGCAUAUCAAUUCUCAGAGCUACACUUCCAUUGGGGAGAUACCGAUAAAAUUGGCAGCGAACGAGCGAUGAAGGGCAAGAAAUACCCGAUCGAGUUGCAUGUUGUCACCUUUAACACUGAUUAUGGUAACAUUAAGUCGGCUAUGAACUAUCCUGACGGUAUAUGUGCGCUAUCAUGCCUGUUUGAGCUUCAAGACAAAGACAAUGAAAAUUACAGCGCACUUGUGGCGGCUCUAAGCAAAGUUGUGAAGCCACAUACCUCAGCAACUAUAAUUGAUCAUCCGACUCUCUUUCAAUUACUACCAUCAAUUCUGUCGAGGUACUAUACGUAUGGUGGUUCAUUAACCACACCGCCCUAUCCGGAGGUUGUGACUUGGAUUGACUUCGUGCAGACGGUAAAGAUUUCACGGAAGCAGCUUCAAUCGUUCCGUCAUUUAAUCGACGAUCACGGUCAACCAAUGGUGAACAAUUUCCGCGAAAUUCAACCACUCAACGAUCGUGAAGUGAUUCGCAAUGACGACAACUAUUGUUAAGUUUGUAAUCAAUAUAUACUAUGAACUCACUGUACGUAAUGUUGAAUCACUGUACACUAUGAAAUCACUCUAAAUUUGUAUCCACUCAAAGAACUUUUUAAAAUAAAUUUCAAUCUAGAGUGCCCUGUAAUUGGUUUAAAUACGAGGCUCUGUAGACGAAAUAAAUCAUUCU